AUGAGCGCGCACAGGGCAAGCGUCAUGCCCAAGGUGACAGACGGCAUUGUCAAGGCACUUUCCAGCAAGCCACUGGUUACCCUGGGCAACCUCGCGUUUCCCAUCUUUGUUGUGCAUGGCCCACUAGGGCAGGUCUUUUACAAGAAGGUUAUUGCAACAAAGCUCUUUGGUGGCACCAUGUUGACCAUCGUCGGCCCACAGUUCUUCUACGCGUUUUUGGGCAUUGUUCUGGUUUCUGCAUGGGUUUUACAGAAGACAUUCCUCAUGAACAAGCAGGUGGGCUCGAUGUCGAAAGACUUUGUGGAAAAGGCAUCGUC